CGAUAACAAUUAGUGUUCGAUCAACGCCGUGUUUUGUAUUCUUGUCGCCUUGCGAAAUUAAAAUGCUUUUAAUUAUAUAAUACUGUGCUGGGCUGCUACUGUAGUUAUGGAUCGAAUUGAUACAAUCAAGCGAAAGCCCAGACGCACUCACGGCACACCAUCGUAUGCCUACCGGAAUCGCUUUGCCUACGCCCUGCUAGCAGCUGGAGCUAUAUGCUUUGGAAUUUGGAGCUUAACUCCCAUGCAGCGCUUGUCAAACGAGAAGCUGUGUAAAAUACUACUGACACCCUCGGAGCAGGAAAAGGACAGAAAAGGCCUGUUCGAGUUUGGCGCGCCGCGUCCGGCACAAUUUAUUAGAGAAGCCAUCGAGGAGGCUGAGAAUCUAAGGACAGAACGCUAAGCAUGGAUCGCCAGACGCGAAAAGCGAACUUCAAGAACUUGCAGCAAGAAUCCAAAAAGCUUCGGUAAUUUUAAUUUAAACAUGUUUUCGUAGUUGUUGAACAAUAAAAUGUAGUUAUCUAACCAA